CCCAGUUUCAUCCACCCCUAUUUAGUUUUCAAUUACAUCCUCAAACGCAUCCACAAACCCCAUUGUGUAAAUGGGAAGAACACCUUGUUGUGAAAAGGAAGGGAUAAAGAGAGGGAGGUGGACAUCCGAAGAAGAUGAAACAUUAAUCAAAUACAUUCAACUCAAUGGUGAAGGUUCUUGGAGGUCAUUACCCAAAAAUGCAGGGUUGUUAAGGUGUGGAAAGAGUUGCAGACUAAGAUGGAUCAAUUAUCUACGAGGGGACUUGAAGAGAGGCAAUAUCACUGCAGAAGAAGAAGAAAUGAUCGUUAAGUUGCAUGGAUCCUUAGGAAACAGAUGGUCAGUAAUAGCAAGCCAUUUACCAGGACGAACAGAUAACGAGAUCAAGAACUACUGGAACUCUCAUUUAAGCCGCAAAGUUUACAGAUUUUUCAGAGCUAUUCCGUUCCUACGAAGAAAAAUGUUACAGAGGAUAGAAUUUUUAGGAAGUGGGGCUGUGGAUUCAUGUGGGGUUUUGAGCAUUCAUGAUCAGGAAGAAGCAGGAAAGAUUUUAGCAGAUUCGAGUGUCGAAAAUGCCAAAAGGAAUGAGACUGAAGAUGAAUUCUUGAGCUUGAAUUCAUCAGAAACUGUGGGGCUUUACUCUAAUGGCGAUCACAUGGAGUUAGGGUGUGUAGGUGAUGAUGGAGAUGAGAUGCUGCUUUGGCUGUGGGACGAUCAGGAGGAUCACUGCUAG